AUGCCUCGGCAGCAGGGUCCGGCUCCCUCCGCCCGCGCCCCCCGGUUCUCCUCGGCCACCCCCUCCCAGCCCCGGACCGUGCUGCGGCGGCCGUGGCGCUGCAGCCUCCGCCGCGGCGCUGCCUCAGUGCUGCAUUGUGCUCCGCGGGUGCUUCCGCUGGCGGGGGGAGCGAGCGAGUGCUGCAUUGGGCGGUUGGCUGUAGCUAAGUGGAUUCUAGCGCCUCCCACCUCAUCCCAUGGCAAAGGCUCUGGCGGGCGACGAGCGCUCGGCAGGGAGCGAGCGCCUGGUGCACUCGCCCCCCGCGCGCACGGGCAGGGGCGCGCGCAGGAGAGUCAGCUGGGAAAUGUAGUUCUCCGCGUCCCGCUCCUCUCCACUGAGGUGCGGACGGUAGCGACUUUCGGGACCACGAGAUCCUCCACAGCCGAAGACCGGAGGGAGGAAAAGGGCAGGAGAAAGAGAGGUCAUCCCCGCAGGCCUCCUGGCACCGAAAUAUCCAACUGCGCCGCUGGAUACAGUAUUCCUCCACUCCGUACAUCCUCAAAGAACCAUAAUAAUGUUUUUCAAAGAGUUACUGGUUACAUUAUUAACGGGGAAUCACUCCCUCAAGAAAACAUGGACGGUGUGAAAGUGCCCGACAGUGCUUAGAGGAGCAUCGUUAACUCAGCCAGGGGAGUCAAGGGAGAACAUCAAGAAGCUCUACUGGAAGGAUGUCUUGAAUAUAGCCCAAGUCUCCAUGAUACUUUGUUCUUUCUCUGAUCUCUGCCUGUCUCAAACCUGUUUGUGAAAACCAGACUUGGGGAACUCUACUUUCUCAGGCUGCUAAUUCCAUUUUUCUCUAAUUCCAAAUGUUAGAAACUCUUUUGAGGAUAAGACAGUAAUACAAUACAUGUAAUUCAGUAAUUAGUUAUCACCGUAAUUAACACUUGUGUAGUGUGAUACAGUUUUUCUGGGGUCACAUAUAAUGUCGUUUGAUCUUCGGGUCAGCAAUUUAAUAAGUGUUAUUAUUCCCAUUUCAGAGAGGAGGAAAUUAAGGCUUAGAGCUGCACCUUCUAAAUACUGUAAC